AUGGCAAAGACCGCUAAAGUCAAGAAGCGUCCGGUGACCAUCCACUCGCGCGCCGCUCGUCGCGCCGCCUCCCCAUCUCUCAACCUCGACAAAUCCGCACAAAAGCCAGCCAACACAACCCGCGAUUCCGCCUCACCAUCGCGGCCCUCACAAGCCAACCCUCAUGCCCUUAAAGCAAAAGAUGCCGGCAUCCAGAAGAGGCAAAAGAAAGACACAAAGAUGACGCGCGCACAACGGUUACGUUACCAAAAGGGACUUGAACGUGCAGAGGAGAACAUGGAUAAGCUAGAGAAGAAGAGGGCCAAGAGUGUGGGCAAGUCGAAGAAGAUUGUUGAGAGGGCCAAGGGCUGGGAGGAUGUCAAUGGUGAUGGCACGAAGAAGUCCAAGAAAGAGGUUGCGCUUGAGCAGUUGGAAGCUGAGGAGAAGAGGAAGGAGAGGGAGUGGGUUAGCGAUGAAGAUAUGGAUGUGGAGGAGGAGACGGCAGUAGCAGCGGCGGAGGGAGGUGCUGAGGCCAAGGAUGGUGAGGUCAAGGGCGAGAGCAAGGAAGUGGAUGUUGAGAUAUCGCAGAGUAUACCAGCGCCUGUGGAGACGGAGGAAAUGCUCUGA